AUGCUCAUCCCGGAGACUAUUACUCGUCUAAAGAGAAUUGAGCUACUCGCACGAACGGAAAACCACUGGGAAGGAUUUCCAGAUUCUUCCACAAACGAUGUGUUGAGACCCAUUGCUAUAUUUGUGCUGCUAGCACUUUUUGUUGUUGUUCACAUCCUUGAGACUUUGCCAGUAGAUACAUUAUGUAGUAAAGUUCUUGGUGCAAGCGGCAUCUAA